AUGGGAUGGAUUGAUCCUCGCGAGAUUCAACUCGGUGGAAAAUUAGGUCGUGGUUCUUUUAAAACCAUUUAUUAUGGAACUUAUGAAAAUAAACCAGUUGCUGUUGGGAUGUUAAAUUAUGACGUUAGUCAAAGUGAUUUUGAACGUGAAAUUUACUUUCUUAAGAUCUUAAACCAUAAAAACAUUAUAGAUUUUGUUGGGAUAUGCUAUCAUAAUAGGAGAUGUUGUAUCAUAACUGAAUAUUGUGAUCACAAAAGUUUACUAGAUUUUAUGAAAAAAAAUAAUGGUACUGGUUUAAAGGAUUUGAAAUCAGAUAAUAUUUUGAUAAAAUCAAGUAAUACGGAGUGUAUUACUGCAAAAAUUUCUGAUUUUGGAGUUGCAAGAAUAUCACAUAUUGAAGCGAUGAUGUCUACAAGAGGAGCUCCUAAUUGGAAAGCCCCAGAAAUAUUAGCUCGUCAUAUCGAUAUUUAUUCGGCUGGACUUGUCUUCUGGGAAAUUUUUACUUGGGGAAAGGAAGGAUUUCCUUAUUCAAAUUUUGUGACUAAUAAUGAAAACGAUCUUUACAGAUUGGUUAUACAAGGUAAUCGACCAUCUAUAGAUCCUUUGAUAAGAAAUAACAUAGGAAGUUCUAUAAUUAACUUAAUACAAAGUAUGUGGAGAACUGAACCAGAAAGAAGGCCGAGUAUAGGAAGCAUAGUGACGACUUUAUCCACGCUUCGUA